AUGCGGAACGUUGCAGAAAAGGAUGUUCCGUUCAGUAAAGAUUCUAUCCUUCACUCUUCAUGGAAUUGGGUUAAAGCUCUUAAGUGCACAGUUGGAAGACUGGAGGAUUGUACCAGAAGACAAACUAGAUGUAGCCGAUGGAUUCCUCCUCCAACGGACACCAUUAAACUAAACACUGAUGGGGCUCGUGAUCCGAUAUUGGGUUUGGCAGCUUCAGCAGCAGUGGCGAGAGAUGAAUUCGACAUUUGGGUUCGUGGAGUAGGUAGAAAUAUUGGUAGGUGUGGUGUGGAGCAAGCAAAGCUUUGGGCGAUCUAUGAUAGGCUUAUUAUGGCAUGGGAUGCCCAAUGGCGACAUAUCUUCAUGGAAACAUAUUGUGCACUUGCUUUUAAAGGGACCACUGACAAAUUGAGAGGGUGUGUUCAGAGAAUUUUGGUUCUUAGAAUUCAAGAGUUAGAAAGUCGUUAUUGGAAUGUUGUCUUCAAGCAGAUCCCAAGAGAAAUAAACUCUGUUGCACACUCGUUGGCUGGUAUGAUGAAGGAAGUGUAG